AUGGCUUUAACUGCACAUCAAAAGUCAGUUAUAGAGGCCAAUAGAAGGAAAGCAUUGGAAAGGUUGAAACAAAGAGGCAUUACCAAGCCAGGUUCUAAUAAUGGAAAUAUAGUCACCAAAAAUUCUGAUUCCAUCUUGACGGCAAAUGCUAAGGCUGAAGCGGUUCCCCAGGAGUCAACUUCUCUGAUUGAGAGAACGGUACAGGAGAAUGCGUCUACAUCUGCAGAGCUUUCAAAACAGAGUGCCCAGAGUCUGCGUGAUGCAUCCCUGAGUCCCAAUGUGGUAUUUUCUAUGAAUGCUAGACAUUUUACUGACAAAUCUCCUAAUGUUGCCUCUAAAGAAGUGGUGAAGCUGCGUCCAACGAUAAGGAAGAAAGAUUAUAUAGAAUAUGAUCUUUCCACUAUGAAGAAUACAUAUGGCGGUUUUAUAAACUCUAAUGAUGAUAACGAUGUUGCCAAUUAUGAAUCCAAUUCCACGUCGAAGAAGGAGCAGUCUUUAGAAGAAUGGAAGAGAGAACAAAGAGAGCGACGAUCACUUUAUGAAGAUGCUCCUCCACCUGAACAUAUUUCGCUUGCCCCCAAGUGUACUGAGUGUCAAAUAAAUAUAGAAAUGGACCCCAUAAUGAAGGAUAUAUUUCACUUAAAAGUUUGUAAAACUUGUGUUAAAGCACAUCCAGAGAAAUUUUCGUUAUUAACCAAGACCGAAUGUAAGGAAGACUAUUUCCUUACAGAUCCAGAGUUAAAUGAUACAUCACUCUUUGACAGACUUGAAAAGCCCAACCCACAUUCCGGGACGUUUGCUAGAAUGCAGUUAUUUGUUAGAUGUAAAAUUGAAGAAUUUGCGUUCAACAAAUGGGGUGGUGAGCGUGGGUUGGAUGAAGAAUGGCAGCGACGUGAAGAAGGAAAGGUUUCAAGGAGAGAAAAGAAGUAUCAUAAGAUGCUCAAAGAAAUGAGAUUAAAAACUAGAGCUCAAGAAUAUACCAAUCGCUUAAAGGAGUUAAAGCACGGGAAGGGCCAUGUACAUGAAUUCGGCGCCCCAGUCGAUGGAGGGAAUAAUCAAGACGGCAUUCCAGUUCACAAAAGGAAAUGCGUUGGCUGCGAUUUAGAAAUAGAAGAGAUUAUGUUAUAA